AUGCCGUUUGGACAGGGUGCCUUUGCAGGUGCAGUUUCUGCAUCGCCCUUUGCAGCGGCGGGUGCGUCGCCAUUUGCAGGUAGUGCAUCCUCUCCGUUUGCUUCGACACCCCAAGGAGGGCCCUCGCCCUUUGGCGGGGGUGGUGCUUCGGUGUCACCCUUUGGUGGUGGCGGUGGUGGUUGUGGGGGCGCUAGUGCCUCGCCUUUCUCAGGAGGGCCCAGUGUUUCGCCCUUUGCAGCUGGUGCGCCUUCUCCGCCAGCAAAUGCUACGGGGACAGCGUUGCAAAGGUCAGCCUCGCCAUUUGGCCAGAACGCAUCCCCAUUUGCAGGCAACUCUGCCGCUGCGGGAGCGCAAGGAAACGUUGCUGCUUCACCAUUUGGUGGAAACCCUGGAGGGGUGUCGCCAUCACCCUUUGGGUCCCAGGCGAGUGCUCCUUCUCCGUUCUCGGGCGCACAGGCGAACGUAGGCUCCACUCCGUUGGCAAAUGUCGGAGCACAAAGAAGCCCAUCACCCUUCGGAGCGAACCCUAGCCCGGCCAGUGCCACACCUUUCGGAGCUGGUGCGGGUGCAUCGCCUUUCGCGGCAGCACCUUGCACUGCCUCACCAUUUGCCAGCUCCGCGGGUACUCCGCCCUUUGGAGGCCAGCCACCUGCUCCCACCUCUACCAACGCUGCAAGCCCUUCACCGUUUGGUGCCAAUCAGGGUGGUGUCAGCGCGGCAUCCCCUUUCGGCGGCAUUCAGGCAGCCAGCUGCACCAGUUCAACUUUUGGCACAACUCUGUCGGGCGCAUCGCCUUUUGCGCCAACCGCCCAAUCACCUGCCAGUGGUGCCCAGAUUUCACCAGCAUCUCCUUUUGCAAGUGGUCAGACAGUUGCCAAUACGGCCUCGCCCUUUUCAUCUGCAGUGCAAGGUGGUGCCAGCACACCACCGUUCGGCACAUCACCAACGCCAACAGGUGCCACAGCAUCUCCCUUCGCCGCUGGUCAGGCUGGCAGCUCGCCAUUCGCGAAGGCCGCUGCGCCUCCUGUGGCCAAGGCCUGCGCUGCGUCGAAAGAUGCGAAGGAGGUGCUGCCAGAGCUCCUGCGAAAGGUUGACUGGCAGCUGACCAGCUUCGGCAUGGACAAUCACGCCUCCGCUGUCACCAACGACACCUCCUUGGAGGAGCAUCGCUGGAUGAUGCUGCAGAAGCCACGUGGGGAGUGGGACCAUCUCUCUGCCAAGCUUCUCAAUGAGAGCAAGAGCAAGUUCGACACCUACCUCUCCAGUUCUGGCGAUGCUGUGCCCGCAUCACAGGACAUGGCCAGUGCUUCCACUCGCACGCCUUCGCCAUUCGGGGAUGCAUCGCGGAGCUCAUCACCCUUCGGCGCGGCUUCUGCAUCUGCGGCGUCUGUGUCUGCAGCGGCCUCGCCCUUCGGCACCGCACCUGCAUCUGCGGCCUCUCCUUUCGGGGCAUGUGGAACCUCUCCUUUCGGCACCGCAGCCGGGGCAUCCCCGUUUGGGGGCAUGCAGAAUCGCAGCGCCUCGCCGGGGCCUUCGGGCACCACCUCGCCCUUUGCCCCACGGAGCGCUUCGCCCUUCGCCAGCUCUGGCCAGGUCACGCCUACAUCGCCUUUCGCUCCGUCGUACAUGGCCGCGGCUGCUUCAGGGCCCUAUGAUGCGGGGGUGCACUUCGGCUUGCCGCCGCUGAAGAUGAGGCUCCAUGAGGAGACUGAGUUGGCCGAGCAGGACCUGAAGGCGUUUCAGGCACCUGCCUUUGAGUCCCAGAAGAUUCCGGAGGUCGAACCUCCGCCAUCAGUGUGUUGA